AUGGUGUCUUGGAACAUUGCAUCUCUCGUCGCAGUAAACUCACAUUCUACCCCUUCGUGUCCUACCCUCUCCGCCAACUUCCUCUCCCUUCCAUCACCCAAUCCCCCCAGUGCCUCUCAAGUCCACUCACAAUCUCACCUCCAUCCAUUUCCCGCCCACCUCCCUCCUUUCCUGCUCCUUAUUUUCUCCCCUUCCAACACCAUACCUGCCAGCCAGCACAUGACAGUGCCUCACCGCUGCGCUUCUUGCUCCUCUCCCUCGCCCUCACAGCGCUUCUUUCUCCUCUCCCUCGCCCUCACAGCGCUUCUUUCUCCUCUCCCUCGCCCUCACAGCGCUUCUUUCUCCUCUCCCUCGCCCUCACAGCGCUUCUUUCUCCUCUCCCUCGCCCUCACAGCGCUUCUUUCUCCUCUCCCUCGCCCUCACAGCGCUUCUUUCUCCUCUCCCUCGCCCUCACAGCGCUUCUUUCUCCUCUCCCUCGCCCUCACAGCGCUUCUUGCUCCUCUCCCUCGCCCUCACAGCGCUUCUUUCUCCUCUCCCUCGCCCUCACAGCGCUUCUUUCUCCUCUCCCUCGCCCUCACAGCGCUUCUUGCUCCUCUCCCUCGCCCUCACAGCGCUUCUUUCUCCUCUCCCUCGCCCUCACAGCGCUUCUUUCUCCUCUCCUUCUCCCCUUCUAACCCCAACCCCUGCCAGCACAUGACGCACAUGACGGUACCUCACCGUUGGUUCUCUCAUUUCUACGUGGUCGGAUUCGCCCUCGCCCUCACUGUUCCCUCUUCUUGCCCCCCUCUUUUUCCCCACCCGCUGCCAGCACAUGACGCCUAUCUCCUCGGCCUCUGCUACUACGUUGCCGCUCUGGCUGUCAUUCUCUGCCCUCCUCUGCUCAACCAUGCCCAUCCAAUACCAGCUACUAAGUUGCUGCUCCUCUCCCCUCGUCCCUCUCCCCUCGCCCCUCUCCCCUCGCCCCUCUCCCCCCACCCCUCUCGCCCCGCCUCUCUUCCCCCGCCCCUCUCCCCCGACCCCUUCCCUUCCCCACCAGCUACUACACUGCCCUCCGCUCUCCUUCUUCCUCGCUGGCUGUCAUUCUCUGCCCUCCAACCCGCAUACUACAUGGCGUCUCCGCUCUCCUUCUGUUUGCUGGACACCAUGCUCUGCCCUCUGAAUCGACUCAAAAGUCAACUCAAAAGUCAUCUUUUGAGUCGACUCAAAAGUCUCUCCGCUCUCCUUCUAUUUGCUGGACACCAUGCUCUGCCCUCUGAAUCGACUCAAAAGUCAACUCAAAAGUCAUCUUUUGAGUCGACUCAAAAGUCUCUCCGCUCUCCUUCUAUUUGCUGGACACCAUGCUCUGCCCUCCAUUGCUCCACCACACUCCCUACUAAGUUGCUGCUCCUCUCCCCCACCCCUCUCCCCACGGUCCCCAACCACACCAGCUACUACAUUGCCGCCCCUCUCUCUUUCUUCCUCACUGGCCGUCCCGCUCUGCCCUCCACUGCUGCUGACGUCACGAGUAUAGCAUGCCUUAUUGCUGGAGUAGCUGUGUUGGCGUGGGGAAAUAUCCACCAGCACAGAUGCCAUGCUAUACUGGUACGCUCCUCUUUGCACCUUGAUGUACCGCACUGCACCACUACCAAGUGCCUUCAAGGCGCCUCAAGUCCCUUCAAGUGUUUCAAACUCGAAUGA